AAUAUCAGUCUGCGCCUCGAAUCUUUUGGAGUUCACUAUGCGUUAAAAAUAUAAUAGACUUUCCUUGUUUUUGUAUUACUACACUUUGAAGUACCUUUUUCUCUCUCAACCGCAUCGAUGGUUGAUCUUCGCACCUUCAACCUCUCGGGCACGUUCUCGUCACUGAGCCUCCUCUUCCGCCCUUCCCAGUGCAUUCCUCAAGCGGUUGUCCGGAACUUUAAUGAUCUGCCGCUUCCCUUAUCUGGUGCUUUCAACAACGAUAUGCGCUUUGGGAAGGUGAAUAUUCGGGCCGUGGUUCUGGACAAAGAUGACUGCUUCGCCAGGCCCGGCGAGAACGAGAUUGCGCCUGGGUUCAAGGCACAAUUCUCUCGCCUCCGCGCAGCCUACCCGCCCCCAUCCAUGUUAAUCGUUUCCAACACAGCCGGCACCCCGUCCAUGGACCCCGAUCUCACCUCCUCCGCCCUCCUCGCCGCCGCGACGUCCGUUCCAGUCCUCGCACACCGCACCAAGAAGCCCGGCUGCAGCGCCGAGAUAAUGGCUUAUUUCCACUCCCACGCCGAGUUAUGUGACCUGAAACCUGAAGAGGUGGCCGUGGUUGGGGACCGCCUCGCGACCGAUGUUGUGCUUGCCAAUCGUAUGGGGGCGUAUGCUGUAUGGGUUCGGGAAGGUGUGGUGCCAAAGGAGGAGAAGAGUCUUUUUGCAAGGUGGGAGUAUGGCAUUCAUGACUGGUUAAAGAAAAGAGGGGUUCAGAGCCCCGUGCCUGGGAGCCCUUUUGAGUGAAGGCUUAAUAGAAAUCGAUAACCGGAGACCGCCGUCUAGGCACGACGUUUCCAGAAACCCAAAACCCUGCGCCCAACUAUAUGAUUCAUUUGCCCUAUGGCUAUUAAAUCCAAAUGGCCAGUUAUUAGUUCCCCGAAAAUUGUCAUAUGUAGUCAACCUUUGGCUGUCAUUUAUUCCAGAAAGCACGGAGAUAAGUUAUUUUGCAGCAAUGCCCACCGCCGUGGCAGCUGGAAAUCGACUGGCCAUUAUUAUGGCUGAUAGUAGAGACAAGAUAAAUCUUAUGGCCGAAUUGUGGUAUUACGUCAAAGCUAUGAAACGUACCAAUAUUGUAAGAAAUUUACUCUAAAUUUCUUUACAGUUCUUCGUGUUAUACUGGAAUUAAAUCCCAAUUCGUGGCAACCACCGAGUAUAUACUGAUCACAGUUGAUGAUACAUCCCUUAAACCCUAGC